AUGUCCAGUGUCGAUAUUGAAAAACAAGAAAAAUUGGAUCCAACCGUUUCCAACACUUCGGUCCAGAAUGUCAAGGCUGACGAUCCUUCUGCCCCAUUCUACUUGAAGGUUGUCAAGGCCUUGUUUUCUCAAGCCGAAACCAAAGGUAUUGAACGUGUCACUGAAGAAGAACGUACUGAUCCUUCUAUCUGGACUGCUGCCUCCAUGUGGCUUUCCGCUAACAUGGUUAUCGCCACAUACUCUUUGGGUGCUCUUGGUCCAACCAUUUUUGGUCUUACUUUCUACCAAUCGAUGGUUACCAUUAUCUUCUUCGUUAUUUUGGGUGCUUUGCCUGUGUCUUUAUUCUCCGUCUUUGGCUCCAAGUUUGGUUUGCGUCAAAUGGUUUUGUCUCGUUUCUUGAUUGGUAACAUCACCACCAGAGUUUUUGCUCUUAUCAACAUGGUUGCUUGUGUUGGUUGGGGUGCUGUUAACAUUGUUGCUUCUGUCAAGCUUCUUAACGUUAUCAAUAAUGGGGCUCUUCCUCCAUGGGCUGGGUGUCUUGUUCUUGUGUUUGCCACUAUCUUUGUUUCCUUCUUUGGUUACAGAGUCAUUCACUACUACGAAAUGGUGGCUUGGAUUCCAAACUUUAUCAUCUUUUUUAUCAUUAUUGCUCGUUUCACCAUGUCUGGUAUGUUUACCGGUGACGCUGAAUACUUGGAAAUUGCCUCCAAGUCCAGAUUCCCUGGUGGUGAAACCGUUGUCGGUAAUGUUCUUUCCUUUGGUUGUUCAAUCUUUGGUUUCGCCACUGGUUGGACCACUUAUGCUGCCGAUUAUACCGUCUACAUGCCAAAGAACACUUCUUCCGUCAAGAUGUUUUUCGGGGUCCUCGCUGGUCUUUGUUUCCCAUUGUUCUUUGCCAUGAUUCUUGGUGCUGCCUGUGGUACUGCCGUUUUGAAGAACCCUGACUGGGCUGAACUUUACGACGCCAAGGACAUUGGUGGUCUUGUUUACAGUAUUCUCGUCAUUGACAAUCUUCACGAAUUUGGUUCUUUCUGUUGUGUUGUUCUUGCCCUUUCCACCGUUGCUAACAAUGUUCCAAACAUGUACUCCAUUGCCCUUUCUGCCCAAACUUUGUGGAGUCCAUUGGCCAAGGUUCCUCGUGUUGUGUGGACCAUUUGUGGUAACUUUGCCACUUUGGCCAUCUGUAUCCCAUGUUACUACAAGUUUGACAGUUUCAUGACCACUUUUAUGGGUUUGAUUUCUUACUACCUUGCCAUUUACAUGGCCAUGGCUUUCGCUGAACACUUUGUCUUCAGAAAAGGUUUCUCUGGCUACAAUUACUUGGACUACGACAAUCCAGCCAAGUACCCAGUGGGUCUUGCUGGUAUGUUUGGGUUCUGUUGUGGUGUUGCCGGUGUCGUUGUCGGUAUGAACAUUCUGUGGUACCAAGGCCCAAUUGGUAGAAACAUUGGUGCUUACGGUGGUGACGUUGGUUUCGAAUUAGGUUUCGCCUUCGCUCUUGUUGGUUACCUUGCCACUAGACCUUUUGAACUUAAGUACAUUGGUAGAUGA